CGUAAAGCUUGAUCACGUGACUCAGUUACCUGUCAGGUGUGGAGUGGAAGUUUAUAAGUUAGCUGUGAAUGAAUUGUAGUGUACAAAAUGCAUAGUCAAGGAAAUACAAAAAUGUUUCGCUCAUAUCAGAGCGUUUUACCAGCAACCAACAAAUUGUUACAGAUGAAAUGGGACCAAACUUACUACAAAGAACACCGACGAUUGGUAAAGGAGGCGCAGCCCAUGGUGGACACCCGGGCGCCAGCGACCUACAUGCACCUUCACCUUAAACUGAAGAAGCUCCAGCUGGAAGAAGAGAGGCUAGCAACAAUAGAGCGUGACAACCGUAUCCUGCUGGAGAAGAUGUCCUACAUUAUGAGAACACGUGGCCGUGUAGACAACAGAAAUAACUAUGAAUAUAAAAGUUUGAAUCGUGAAAAGAGACAGCGUGAGUUGCUGCGUGUAACGAAGGAGAACCAGUCCAUCUUGAAGCGUAUCAUGCUGCGUCAGCCGGAGUACAGCGCAAAGAAGUGGCAGCGGGAAUGGGAGGAGAAUCAGUCUUUCCUCGACAACAUCUCCCACUUCCCCAAGGACUGGUGGCUGGAAGAUAGAUCCAAGACGAGUCUGACGCUCAACAACAGUAAAACAAGCUUGAAUCGCUCUCGUACAUUUAACAAUGGCGAUCGGCAAAAGACUUUUGCUGAAAAUUCGCCCUACAACAAGCCUCAGCCAGGCGUCUCUCGUGGGGGUACACUCAUUGACAACAACCAGUCCAGGUCCCAGACUGCAGCCAGCCAGAAGAAACGUCCUGUCAGUAAAUCAAACAAGGAUGAGGAGGAGGAGGAAAUGGAGGCCUAGACUGCGCAGGCUGCGUAGGCUGCCCUCAGAUACAUAAACCGACACCUGUAGAAGACAAACCUGACGACAGUCCAAAAGAUCGACCUGAUGAUAACCCGGAAAAUUAAAGAAAUAACUGCCUUAUUUGGUUCACUGUUCAUUCUGCAUUCUGAUUGGACACUAAUUUAUCAAGCUCCAUUGAAUCAAUAUGUGAAAACUAAAUUGUGGAUCAUGCAAUAUUUUAAUGAGUAUUUAAGCUAGGUUGAUGACACUUGAUUAAGUUCUAUAUGGGGAAUAUGUACGUAAAUGUUUUGUUGUUGGGACAAAUAUUGUGGUUUCUAUGGUUACUGGAAUAUUUGGAAAGUUAAUCUGGUUUUUGGAAGGACUCAAAAAGUACUUAGAGGGCCACAUACUGAAUAAUUAUGUACAUAUGGGAUGGUUUUUUUUUGGCAGACAAAAUUGUGUUUGCUAUCAUUACAGAAAAAAUAGAAAAUAAAAUCUGCAUAUAGGUCAAUGUUACUUAUGGAGGUAUUUUUCUAACUCCAACAGCAUUAAGUCAAUAUGGGACAGCAGUUUUUUCUAUGACAAAGAUUUGUCUGUGACAAAGCUCUUGGUUUAAUUGUUGUCUCUCAUAUAUAAUUAUCUAUAUAUUUGAUCAUUUUAUACAACCGAGGUUCAAUUUGGAAUUGGAUUGGUCAGGUGGUAUACAAAUGUGACUGUUUUCAGUUUGACAUGCUAUCUAUAGAGGCUAGAGGAUCUUAGGGAAUAUACAAGCAACAAAAAUCUCUUUAUUGUCUGUGAUUAAUAAGAUUGUGAUCGUUUUUUUAACAUAAUUUUAUUCAAUUGUUUAUUGUUAGGGCAUAUUUUUUUAAACAUGUUGUGCAUAAUUAACAUUUGUACGUACACAUAUUAACAUCAGUAUUAUAAACAUGGAAGAAUGUGAACAAAAGUGUGUAAAUAAGAUUAUGUUUAUAUUCCUAUAAUGAGUUAAUAACCUUUAGAUGCAUGACUGUUAAACAGAUCUGACCAUAAAAAAAAAAAAAUCUAUAUUGGGAGUAAUGCAUUUAAGGGUUUUCGAAAAUAAAUAAAUUGAUAUCUAAAAUGCAUAGACUCCAGGGGACCGUUUCAAUAAACAUCGCAGUACACAUUUACGAUAAAAAUCAUUUUUCAAAUGUGCAUAAUUGCUUAAGUCCAUAUCGUUUGAUUAUAAAUUUUCAUUACUUUAUUAAUUUUCAUUGGCAUCUAUAACGACGUAUACUUUUGAUGAACAUAGCGAGUUAUCUCGUCUACUUAUUUCAAAAUUCUUUUGUAAGUUAAAAUUGUCGUACGAUUGUUUAUGAAACGGACCCCUGUUUUAUAAUAAUAUUAUGGGAAGCCACAUUUUGAGAAAACCAAAGAAUGUUUUUAUAGAGAUGUUUUUCAGUAUUAUAGCAAAGUAUUGUUUUGAUUUCAAAAUGUGUACUGUUAUUGUUCAGUGAGCAAAACUUGUUGUAGAUUUCAUUUAAGAUUUGUAGAAAUAUAUAGAUGAAAUUUAGGUGCUAGACUUUGUAGUACUUUCAGCUUUGAUAUCUAGCAAGCUAAUACCCAGUAAACAUGCUCACAAACUACACUAAGGCCAGCUUAUUGCUGCAUGUUUAAAAUAAACAUUCAAUUGUUAAAUUGAUAUGUGGUCUAGAAUCACAAGACAAUUUUGAAAUGAAAUUAAUGUUUAAUCUAAUCAAUGUCAGUUAAAGCUUUUUAAGGGUCUUGUUCACAAAUUUUGGUUCCAUUUUUAAACUUAAUCGUAAACUGCCACAACUUAAAAGAUUGAACAGAAUUUAAGAAAUUUAGUAUCAACAAAAAUCUUUGAAAAUGUUAACUUAAGCAGGAUUGGAUCAUUGUUGUCUGGAUUAAAAAAAAUCCACUUUAACCUCUAGACCAUCUUAAAAGAAAUAAUUUAAAAAUUCAUGGAUACAUAAAAGUAUAUAUGCAACCCACCUGGUGACACAAAUGGUUAAGAAAAAUACAGAACAGUUAAUUAAAUUAUUAAAUUGUUUUUUGUUUGUUAUUUGCUUACUAAUUUUUCCAAUUUCCAGCGAUAUUUACUCAUGAACGCACUAUUUUUUAGGUAUAAUUAUGUUUAUGUCAAUGUUGUUAUUUUGUUCUUUUUAAACGCUGUUCUUUAAUUUUUAGAUAUAUGAUAAAAAUUGUGAAAAAAUUGUCAAUUCGCAAAUCUGUGAACAGGUUCCUUUAAUAUUGUGUUUUUAUAGCUAGAAUCUAAUGAUUUUGAUCAGAGACCACUGAUGUUAACUAGAAUCCACUGAUGUAAACUAGAAUCCAUCAAUGUUAACUAGAACCCACCAAUGUUAACUAGAAUCCACUGAUGUUUACUAGAAUGCGCUGAUGUAUUUCCUACAUAUUUUUCUCACAUCUUUUCAUAUUAGUUUUACGAAAUAUGAUCAUGUUUGAAAUUACUAAUGAAUCAUAUAUAGUUAAAUAGUUUUAUGUAUAUACAUGACUGUAUUUUGUACUGAUGAAUUUAUUGAAUUGAUAUUUUAAUGUUUUGUAUAUAAUUUGUAUAUCUACACUGUUUUAUUAAUUUUGAACAAACUGAAACACCCUUGAACGAUCUGAACUCAUUUCUGUGAUGUUGCAACUGUUGAACUCAUGUUUUCUGACUUUACUGUGUGACUGCUAUAUUGUGUACCACUGUUUUCUAAUAAACUUCAUAAGUU